AUGGCUCUUGCUAUGGGGAUAGGUUUGGGUUCAUCUUCUUCGGCAACAGUAGCGGUUGAUAAAGCAACAAGCGAUCUUUUAAUUGGUCCUGAUUGGACUAUGAAUAUUGAUAUUUGUGACUCUGUGAAUUCUAAUCGCUGGCAAGCCAAAGAUGUAGUGAAAGCUUUGAAAAAAAGGUUGCAGCAGAAGAGCCCUAAAGUCCAACUACUCGCUUUGACGCUUUUGGAGACAAUGGUGAAGAACUGUGGUGAUUAUGUCCAUUUUCAAAUUGCUGAAAAGAAUGUAUUGGGGGAAAUGGUGAAGAUCAUAAAGAAGAGGACAGAUAUGCAUGUGAGAGAUAAGAUUCUGGCUUUACUUGAUUCUUGGCAAGAGGCAUUUGGCGGGCCUGGAGGAAAACAUCCUCAGUAUUAUUGGGCAUAUGAGGAAUUGAGGCGUGCUGGAGUUGAAUUUCCUCAGCGUUCAUUAGAUGCAGCUCCAAUAUUUACACCACCAGCAACCAAUCCAACAUUGAGGCUUACCCAACCUGGUUAUGGAAUGCCUAGCAAUUCUUCUAGAAGACUCGACGAAACAAUGGCUGCAGAGAUUGAAGGCUUAAGUUUAUCAGGUUUGGAUUCCAUGCGAGAUGUUAUGGAGCUCUUGGGUGAUAUGCUGCAAGCUGUUAACCCUGGAUACCGUGAGGCUGUAAAAGAUGAAGUUAUAGUCGAUCUUGUCGACCGGUGUCGGUCCAACCAGAAAAAGUUGAUGCAGAUGCUAACUACAACUGGGGACGAGGAACUUCUUGGUAAGGGUCUUGAACUAAACGACAGUAUGCAAAUCUUGCUUGCAAAACAUGAUGCUAUUGCUUCUGGCUCUCCCAUGCCAACUCAAGUUACAAGCUUAAGCCCCAAACCAAGUGAAGGAUGUUCCUCUGACAUCAAGCCAACUGAAGCAAGAGAUGCCAGCCCAAGAUCUACAACUAAUUCUGCCACACCAGUUGCUAAUUUGACGAGGAACGCAAUAGAUGAAGAGGACGAAGAGGAGGAUGACUUCGCACAGCUAGCUCGGAGGCAUUCCAAAACGCAGUCCGGUUCAUCUCAAAGCUCAUGUGGAGUAAAUGGGGCUCUUGUGCCAGUGGAUGCUGGCAUGCCUAUUGCAUCAACCUCUUCCUCAUGCAAUGCUCUGGCACUUCGUGAUCAACCUGCACCGGUUAGAAACAUGAAAGAGCAGGAUAUGAUUGACUUUUUGAGCCUUGCCUUGUCAACAACAUCAACCAACCCUCCUCACACCCCACCAGUCUCCAGCCCAACCAUGCCUCAAAGACCUGUUUCCUCUGGUUCACAAGGUUAUUCGUAUGUUUCUCAAACUUAUCCUGUAAACCAAGGGCACAUGCCAUACAGCAGCUAUGUCGUUCCAUGGGCCCAGCCUCAAACUCAGCAGCACCAACUACCACCUCCAUCUCAACCGCAGUUACAGCAUCAAACUCAGCAGCACCAAUUACAACCUCCAUCUCAACCACAGUUACAGCAUCAAACUCAGCAGCACCAAUUUCGACCUCCAUCUGAACCCCAGUUACAGCCUCACUCUCACCAACAUUUUCGUCCUCCAUCUAUACCACAGCAACAGUUGCAACCAGAACCCCAACAGCAAUCAGUGCCUCAGCCUCAGCCACACUCGCAGCCUCAAUCUCAACAGCAAUUACAGCCUCAGUUUCAACCACAGUUGCGGUCGCAGCAUCCUCAGUACUCGUCUGGCUACCCACCUCCACCCUGGGCAGCUACACCUGGUUAUCUCAGCAACCAAAAUCACGCAUCUGCUACAAAUAAUUUAUUUUCACACCCCCGCGCCAACGCAACUGCAUCUUAUACACCCGUGCAAGCAGCUAGACCUAUGCAGCAAUUUAACUCCUUUCCCACAAAAGCAGGCAAUGGAUCAACCAUGAAUGGGGAUCCUUUGAUGAGUUCUGCUUCUAGGAUACCCACACCUCCAGGACAAAAGCAGUCCUUUGUUCCCUCUUACAGGUUGUUUGAAGAUCUAAAUGUUCUUGGAAAUGCAGAUGGAAGGUAUAAAAUGACUAGCAGCACACAACCAAGUUUGUCAGGAUCUUCGGGCCAAAGUAUGGUUGGUGGGAGGAAGUGA